CGACACGUGACAAGGAGUACAGGAGGUCCAUGUUGACGUUUCUGUGAAACCCAUAGCUGAACGAUUAUAGAACUGUAACACAGACACCAUCUUUAACAUGGCGGAAGGAUUUGUCCGGGAACAUUCGUCGGUAGAUGGCUCCAGGAGUCAAUCUCUGGACACUUUAGUACUGGAAUGUCCUAUCUGUCUGGAACAGCUGCGACACCCUAAAUCUCUCCCUUGUCUACAUUCAUUUUGUGAGGAAUGCCUUGGUAGCUACAUCACCAAGGAGUUGUCAGGUAAAAUGGCAUCGGCAUCCUCAUUCUCUUGUCCUGUAUGCCGUAAGGUCACCGAGCCGAUGAACCCGUCAGAAGACAAGGAAAGUUGGGCCGGACAGUUUCCUACCAACAAUCUGGCAGUCGAAAUGAUCCGACAUUUACAAAAUACCAAUACGUUGAUAACGUGCAAGCCUUGUGAGAAGAAAGGGAACACGAAUGUACCGGCAAAGUUUUGGUGCCAUAAAAACAAAUCUUACUUCUGUGCUACCUGUAAAGUCGGCCAUCAUGACCUGUUUCAUGAGGAAUGCGAACCCGAAAAUAUCACAGAAUGGAAUAUAUCAGAUACGAUCCGAAGGCAGACGUCGGCUCAUGGAUGUGGAAAACAUAAAGAGAAAAUAGAGUAUUACUGUGAAGACCAUCAGAUUCUUGGAUGUAACAAAUGUAUCAUUGUCGAUCACCGGAAGUGUGAAGUGGUGACAUCAGUAGACGAUUUCCGGGACAAACUGACACCUUCGAAAUUCGACGAUCUUUUUGAAGAGCUCCGGAAAAGCGCAGACGCCAUGGAAACAUUGAUAAACGAUGUCGCAGAACAGCUUCAGUCCAUGACAAACGAUCAAGACAUCGCGCUACAAAGUUUAACAGACCUACGCAAAAAGAUUAACGCACGUUUUGAUACAAUUCAGAAAGAGCUUACAGAUAAAUUGAUGGCAUCCUUCAAGAAAGAGAAAGAAAAUCUGGAUAUAUCGAAACUGAAAUGUGAAAGAUUGAUGUUCUCUAUGCAAAAUACGCUGACGUCAUCAAAGGAUGCCGCCUUGAAGGACGAUUCCGUGGGGACGAUCUGUCUGUUCCAGAGAGGACAGGCGGAGGUCGAGUCAUGUAAGGAACUCAUAAAGGAAUUGGAAAAGUCGUCCAGAUCUACCAGUCUGAGACACGAGUAUGACCCUGACAUACUGGCCGUCGACACCAAGACAAGCCUUACCAUGGGAAAGAUAGUCGUUCAUCAACAACAGAGGAGACUACCAUCUACUGCGUUCCGUACCCCAUUGUCUGAACGCCAGAUGAAGAUGACGGAAAACUUUAACAUCAAAGUUCCCUCUGACAAGGAAGACUGUUUUGCGUAUGGAGUUGUUCUCCUGUCUGGUGGCCGUAUUGUCGUAGGAGACAAUGCAAACAACAAAGUGAAGCUGUUUACAGAAAACGGGGAUUUUCAUUGUGAAGUGGGACUGAGUGAUUUACCUUGUGAUCUUUGUGGUAUUGAUGACAAUACUGUGGCCGUGAUGCUGGCGAAAGUAAAAACUAUCUGUGUUGUCGCUGUUGGGGAUUUAACCUUGACCAUCUUAUCGAAAAUCCUUAUUCCAAACAUUACUGAAAACUGUCUUGGUGUCACAUACAUCAACACUAAUUUUGUAGUUGGUACAACAUCAUCGCUUUAUAGUGUACCAAAAGAUGGAGGUGAAGCCACACAAUUUCACACAAUAGAAUCAAAAUGUCUGCAUCUCGCCAGUAAUCAGAACAACGGGUACGUGUUCGCUAGCAUAAACGAAUCAACUCCUGACAAGGUGGCCGUGACACGACUGUCUGACAAGUCCAUCAGAGACGUAUUGAAGGUCGACACUGUGAAAGGAACAACAGGAAUAGACGUAGACAGAGAGGGUAACGUGUAUGUUUGUGGAUGUAGAUCAAACAACGUCAUACAGAUGUCAGAGGAUGGAACCAACGUUAGGGAACUGCUGACGUCGUCAGAUGGUAUCAAAAGUCCGAGGGCUAUUUCCGUGUAUGGUGAUAAAGUAGUGAUCACAAAUGAGUAUUCAGACCAACGGAAUUUUAUUCACAUGUUUCAGCUCAUUGAAAUGGCAACACAGAAAUAA